GCCCGCUUCCCCGCGCAGUCGCCGCUGGUCGCCUCCCCGGGUUGCUGCGAGGCCGACCGGCAGGCGUCUAGGCUCUGCGAGCUCCCUCCACCCUCCCAGCUGUCCCAUCGAGGAAAACCGAAACCAAGCCUGUCCUUCACCCCGCGGCCCCGCCUGCCCGGUGCUCCGAGGGCCGCGCUCGCCCAGCUGCAGAGCCGACACAGCGCACCGCCCCGGCAGCGCGGCGAGCUGGGCACCGAGGACACGGGCACCGGGAGGGCGCGGGCGCCAGAGGGUCCCAGGUCUUCUCGCCGCUACUGCAGCGGCCUUGGCGGCUGCUCCUCCCUCCUUGCAGUUAAGAAGCAGCGGGUGCGGCCUGACCCGGCCCGGGAGCCGCGCGCAGAAUGGGCAGAUGCUGCUUCUACACGGCGGGGACACUGUCCUUGCUGCUGCUGGUGACUGGUGUCACGCUGCUAGUGGCCCGGGUCUUCCAGAAGGCCGUGGACCAGACGAUCGAGAAGAAUAUGGUGUUAAGGAAUGGUACCGAGAUCUUUGACUCCUGGGAGAAGCCCCCACUGCCCGUGUAUACUCAGUUCUAUUUCUUCAAUGUCACCAAUCCAGAGGAGAUCCUCAGAGGAGAGAUCCCUCGGUUAGAGGAGGUGGGGCCAUAUACCUACAGGUCACUUAACUGGUGGGCAACGGACGAAUGCAAUAUGAUUAAUGGGACAGAUGGAGAUUCUUUUCAUCCAUUAAUAACCAAAGAUGAAGUCCUUUAUGUCUUCCCAUCUGAUUUCUGCAGGUCAGUGUACAUAACUUUCAGUGACUUUGAGAGUGUACAGGGACUGCCCGCCUUCCGGUAUAAGGUGCCUGCAGAAAUAUUAGCCAAUACCUCAGACAAUGCCGGCUUCUGUCUACCUGAAGGAAAGUGCUUGGGGUCAGGAGUGUUGAAUGUCAGCAUCUGCAAAAAUGGUGCACCCAUUAUUAUGUCUUUCCCACACUUUUACCAGGCAGAUGAGAAGUUUGUUUCUGCCAUACAUGGCAUGCAUCCAAAUAAGGAAGAUCAUGAGACAUUUGUGGACAUUAAUCCUUUGACUGGAAUUAUCUUAAGAGCAUCCAAGAGGUUCCAAAUCAACAUUUAUGUCAGAAAAUUAGAUGACUUUAUUGAAACAGGAGACAUUAGAACCAUGGUUUUCCCGGUGAUGUAUCUCAAUGAGAGUGUUCUCGUUGAUAAAGAGACUGCUAGUCGACUAAAGUCUGUGAUUAACACUACUUUGAUUAUCACCAACAUACCCUACAUCAUCAUGGCACUGGGUGUAUUCUUUGGUUUGGUCUUCACCUGGCUGGCUUGCCGAGGACAGGGAUCCAUGGAGGAGGGAACAGCAGAUGAAAGAGCACCACUCAUACGAACCUAACUGAAUUUAACCAUCACUUGAGCUUGGUGAAGGAACAUGUGAACUGUCCUGAAACAGAUGAGGGGAAACUUCACAUCCUCGUAGACUCCUCGCCUGUUAGGAGAGAGAAGACAGUGCUGGCAAGUGAUGACAGCAUGUUGGCCAGAGGUGAAGAGCAGACUGACAUGGCUGACCAUUAUGCUUCAUGAAAAUCACAUGGUUUCUGAAACUGUUUUUUUAUGUGUCUAGCAAGUAUUUAAUAAACUCUUGUAUAGUCAUUUUUUGUUGUUGGGUAGCUACAGAAUUUUGUGACCAGUUGUAGAUAUAAUGUCUCUGCAUCUCUUGUUAAUACUACCUGUCAAUAUGUUUCAUUCACCAAAUUUUGUGCUCAAAAUACGUAUAUACUACUUUAUGUUGUAUUCCUCCACUUCACUCCCCAAACAAAAGUAAAUAAGAGUUUCGAAUACAGGGUAAAAUGAUAACCUUUUCCAGUACAUUAUUCAAAUGCAUUUGAUUUCCUCUUUAAAACAUUACAUAUUGCAUUUCAUGUUAGUCUUUAGUUCAAAUUCCUCCAGGAAAAUAACAUGGUCUUCUGGUUACAUUCAUACUGUGUGGGAAUCAAGCAGGGAAGGGAUCAGGUGAGGUGGUACCCAUGAGUGGAUAGUGAUAUGCUCCUAAGGAUUUUUAAGUUGUACUUUUGUGAACAAAGAGAAUGCAUAAGUAAGCUUGGUGAGGAUAGCUCCAGAUAUUUCAUGUAGAGUAGAACUAAAUGCUAGGUAUGAUAUUUGUAGAUAGUUAACUUUACUUUUAGUCAAAAUUAUCUUGAUGUGGAAAGAUGCUUCUGGGAGGAUGUAAUCAGUGAUCCCCCACUCAAUACUACUGAGUGAUUUUUUUGGGUAAAAUUAUGAAUAUAAAAAAUCUACCCAUCCAUAGCCUAAGUUACACAUAAAUUUCAGGGAGUCUGUCUAGAUCAGAAAGACAUUUCUUCUUCAGCAGUCUUCUUGGUAACUUGAAACUUUAUAAAUUCUUUCCUCAGAUUCAGUUUCUUCCAGUGUUUUGUGGCUCACUGUCAUUCACUGAGUAGAGAAAAUGCCCUACAUUUCCUGCGACAAUCAUUUUGCUGACAGAAUGACGAGUAAAGUACUACACCUAAUGUGCUUUAAAGAUAGGUCCCCUUGGGAUGAGAAGCAGAGACAAGUCUCUUCAAAAUACUUCUUGGUUUUCAGUGUAACCAAAGGCAGAAGAUUGGGAAUCAUCAUUAGUCACAGUGUUCAGGAUUCAAGGGUAUUUUCUUUGAUUCUCAAAGUUCACCAUGCAUUUUUAAUUGAGAAGCCUAUACAGUUAUCUGGCAAAGUGCCUAUAGAACUUCCUAUCAACUGAAUCAUUCGAAGGGAUUUUUUUGAUAUUUGUUUAAAACUGAAUUUCACUGUAAGCAAAUGAAGAAAAAAAUCAUGGAUUUCACUUACAUAGUUUCUUAGCCCUACAGGGAAGUAAUAAAUCACGUUAAUUUACAUGCCCAAAUUUUUCUUCUCUAUAGACUAAAGCAAUAUAUAAUGUGUUUCCCUUCUUGAAGGGGCAAUUCAUUAUACACUCAAACGUUUCUAUAAAUCAACAUAAAAACCUUAGAUACCACAAAUCAUCAAAACAUGAAAAUUUAUAUCAAAUAUAUUUGGUCUUCAAUAAUGUCAAAUACCUACAUUAAAUAUUUAUCAAUAUUUAAUUAUAUAAUUGGAAUAUUUUGUUCAUCAUGUAUCUACUUAUCCACACUAAUGAAAUGGAUAGGCCAGUAUAUACUCAUUGGUUCUGUUCUCAGGAUAUGAACAUCUGUGAGAAGACUUUUAAAUACUAUAAAUGAUGUACACAUUUAGACUAAAUUUCAUAUAGGCAAGGAGACCAAAUAUACAUUGAUUAUAUUUUUGUGCCAUGAUUCUUAACAGUGACAACUUAAAACUACAUUUGAUAUUUUCCUUCUGAAAAGUCUGUGGCAAAUCCAUAAACUAUAGUCAAAAUUAUAGGUUGGUUAAGAAGAAUGAUUAUUCCUAUUUGAUUUUAGGUUGAAAAUAGCAAACUGUUCCUCUUGCUUAUUCCCUUGCAGCCAUCAUCCUGGAAAGACCCCAAAGGCUUUGUGAUUGUCAACAUUGCUGUGAUCACAGCAUGGCAGGCAGGGAAAACUGGGAGUUGAGCACAGGGCAGGAAAUGGCCGUUGCCACUUUUAGCUCCCGGCUUUUCCCAUUAGACUUUAUUUCAUCAUGUUCUAGAAAGAUCACUAAUGGUCAAGUGGAAUAAGCACUACACAACUAACCCCUAUUGGGGUUUUUACUUAAGGAAGACUAAUUUUUAAUUUAAAUUGCUUGAGACAUGAAUUCUGCCAAAAAUGAUCCUCAUAGUUGGCCCUCUGGACAUUAUUACUGGAGUAAACUGCUUGUGUCAGAAUGUUCUUCAUGUAUCUUAUACAGUUGGUUUAUUUCAUGUGAUUCUUGGCCUGAUUUAUUUCUACCCUUAAUGCAAUGAAAUAUUUCACUAAUAAAAAAACUUUAUAUAAAAGUUCA